AUGGAGAAGGAUAAAAGGGAGGUGAUGGUCUCAGCUUUGCAAUUCGCUUGCACCGAUGACGUCGCCACUAACGUUGCAACCGCGGAAAGGUUGGUUAGAACUGCUCAUGCAAAGGGUGCAAACAUCAUUCUUAUACAGGAACUUUUUGAGGGACAUUACUUCUGUCAGGCACAAAGGGAGGACUUCUUUCAGCGAGCAAAGCCUUACAAAGAUCAUCCAACAAUUCUUAGGAUGCAAAAAAUUGCAAAAGAGUUGGGUGUGGUAAUACCAGUUAGCUUCUUUGAAGAGGCAAAUAAUGCCCAUUACAACUCAAUUGCCAUUAUUGAUGCUGAUGGGGCAGAUCUUGGACUUUAUAGGAAAUCCCACAUCCCAGAUGGACCAGGCUACCAGGAAAAGUUCUACUUCAAUCCAGGUGACACUGGAUUCAAGGUUUUCAAGACCAAGUUCGCCACAAUUGGAGUUGCAAUUUGCUGGGAUCAGUGGUUUCCUGAGGCAGCCCGAUCUUUGGUUCUUCAAGGUGCAGAGAUAUUGUUUUACCCUACUGCUAUUGGUUCUGAACCUCAAGAUGGAGGACUUGAUUCUAGGGAUCACUGGAGGCGAGUAAUGCAAGGGCAUGCUGGGGCUAAUGUGGUCCCUGUAGUAACUUCAAAUCGCAUAGGAAAAGAGGUAAUUGAAACCGAGCAUGGAAAGAGUGAGAUCACAUUUUACGGUAACUCUUUCAUUGCAGGACCCACUGGAGAAAUUGUUGCAACUGCUAAUGAUAAAGAGGAAGCUGUACUAGUAGCACAAUUUGACCUGGACAAAAUCAAAUGGAAGAGACAUAGUUGGGGAGUAUUCCGUGAUCGACGCCCAGAUUUGUACAAGAACUAA